AUGGCGCGAUCCGUUAGGAAGACUGUAAUAUUGCUGCUCAUAGCUAUAUUCUUGUUUGCAUCAGUAUGUCGAGCAUCAACCGCAGACGACAAUGCUGCCAGCAUGCCAGAUCCAGACAAGAUCUUAAGUGAAUCCCAAGAAGCCGAAGCUCUUAAAAAUGGAGAAAAGUUUGUCUUUGAGACGGAAGUGAAUCGCUUGAUGCACCUUCUAAUCCAUUCGCUAUAUAAAGCAAAGGAAAUCUUCUUACGCGAGCUCAUCUCUAACGGCUCUGACGCUCUUGACAAGAUUCGAUUCUUGUCGCUGACCGAAAAGAAUUCUCUAGCUUCUAACCCUGAUCUAAAGAUUACUAUUGUCGCUGACAAGGAUCGUGGAACUCUGACAAUCACUGAUACUGGUGUUGGAAUGACCAAGAAGGACUUACGUGAAAAUCUAGGAACUAUUGCAAAGUCUGGUACUUCAGAGUUCCUAUCUGCUUUGGAGAGUAAUGCUACUGCUGAUGUGUCAUUGAUUGGCCAAUUCGGUGUGGGCUUUUACUCUGCCUUCCUAGUCGCUGAUCGUGUCACGGUUGUAUCAAAGCACAACUCGGACAAGCAAUAUAUUUGGGAAUCAACUUCUCAGAGUGACUUUACCAUUACUGAAGAUCCUCGUGGUGAUACUUUGGGUCGUGGAACUCAGAUCAUCUUGCAUCUCAAGGCUGAAGCUAUGGAAUACUUGGACCAAACUAAACUAAAGGAUUUAGUCAAGAAGUACUCCUUGUACAUCAACUUCCCCAUCUACGUAUGGACAUCUCGCACUGAGCGUGUCGAAGUACCAUUAACGGACGAUGAAAUUGCCGAAAAGCGAGAAGAGCUCAUCAAGAAGAAGGAAGAAGAGAAGGCAUCUAAAGACGAUACUGAAGAAGUAGGAGAUGAUUCUGAAUCUUCUUCUUCUGACGCUGAAGUAUCAGAUGACGAUAUUCCAAAGACCAAGCCUGUCGAAAAGACCUUAUUUGACUGGGAAAUGGCUAAUGGAAACAAGCCAAUCUGGACUCGUAAUCCUAGCGAUAUCACUGAUGAAGAGUACAAUGAGUUCUACAAGGCUUUCUCAAAAGAUACUGAAGAUCCCCAAGCAUGGAAUCACUUCAAAGCAGAAGGAGAAGUGGAGUUCAGAGCCAUAUUAUACAUCCCUAAAAAAGCUCCUCCCAAAUUCCUUCAAUCAGCUGAUGAAAUUAUUCGAAACAUUAAGCUCUUUGUAAAGCGAGUCUUUAUUACCGACGAGUUGGUCGACUUCUUGCCUCGAUAUUUAUCCUUCCUUAAAGGUUUGGUAGAUUCAGAUGAUAUACCUCUCAAUGUCUCUCGAGAACAAUUGCAACACUCGACUGCUUUGAAAGUCAUUAAGAAAAAGUUGAUUGGCAAGGCUAUGGAGAUGUUUAGAAAGUUGUCCAAGAAUGAUGAAAAGUAUAAUGAGUUCUUCAAGCAGUUUGGAACUGCAAUCAAACUUGGUGCGAUAGAAGAUCAAACGCACAAGAAGCGGCUGACCAAGUUGCUUCGAUUCUCAUCCUCAGCUUCAGACGACUUGACGUCUUUGGACGGCUACAUAAAGAGAAUGAAGAAGGGUCAACAACAAAUCUACUUUGUCACUGGUAUCUCUUUGGAUGAAAUCAAACGUAGUCCACUGAUCGAAAAGCCCAUAACCCGUGGUUAUGAAAUCUUGUACUUCCAUGAACCUAUUGAUGAGUACCUCGCCCAAGGACUGUUUGAAUAUGAAGGCAAAAAGCUACAGAAUGUAGCGAAGGCUGGUCUCAAGUAUGGAGACGAAGACGAUGUUGACAAGGACAAAGAAUCUGAUCAAACUGCGACAUUCGAGCCAUUAACUAAAUGGCUAGUCGGUGCACUUGAAGAAUUCAUUGAAAAAGUAGUCGUAUCCAACAAGUUGACCAAAUCGCCCACAGCGAUUGUAGCCACUGAAUAUGGCAUGUCUGGUACAAUGGAAAAGAUUAUGGCUGCUCAAGCCUUCCAAUCUGGUGAUGACUUUAUGAAGGAUUUCUACUCCAAGCAAAAAAAGAUUUUGGAGAUUAAUCCCACACAUCCUAUCAUCACUUCGUUACUCGCCAAAGUCGAAAAAAUCGACUCCAUGUCUCCCGAUGAAGUAUCACAUCUCAUCGAAACGGUACAUGUAUUAUAUGAAACCACACUUCUUCGAUCUGGAUGGGACUUGAAGAACUCAAAUGACUUUGCAGCUCGUGUUGAACGAGUCAUUCGAACGAAUUUGGGUGUCUCGUUAGAAGCUACUGCAAAUGUAGAUGUGAAAGCUGCACCUGAAGUAGAAGCUGAAACAGAUGCUGCUAGUAGUAGUACUAAGGAUGAAGAAGGCGACGAUGAUAGUGUGCCUAAUGCCAAGAUGAUUCCACCGGCGUUGGAAGAUGAUGAGAUUCUUCAUGAAGAGUUAUAA